AUGUCACCGACGGUCUACUACCAGACCCUGACCGUCCGCAACAUGCAGAUAUACCACCCAUCGAUAAACAGCUUGACAUCAAUCAGUCUUCGUCGAAAAGAAGCGUUCCUGUUAAUUAGAAACACCAUCGACCGAAGACAACGGCAUGGCAGCAGUAAACAUUCAACAGAUUCUAUUAACAUAAAUCAAGAUAUUGUAACUAACUCUUCAACUGAAGAUAACCUACCAGAGAACCCAGUUACAUUAACUAGUAGUUCAUCGAAACAAGGUAAAGUAAAUCGAUUGUAUAACACUAAAUGGGAAGCAGAUUAUCCUUGGCUUUAUUUUGAUAAUCAGAGAUUUGGUGCUUUUUGUAAAUUAUGUGAAAAACAUGUAAUCAACGAUUCAGCGUUAUUUGCUAGCUCAAGAGGAAUUUUUGUUAAAACACCAUUCCAAAACUAUAAAAAUGCUUUGGGAAAAGAUGGAAAAUUAAAUAAACAUACAUAUUCUGCGUCACAUAUUCGUAAUGUAGAACUAGAAAAACUUGCUUUGGUAGCUUUAAAAAACCCUGUAUAUAAUCAAAUUUUAAAUCAAAAUUCUGAAGAAUUGAAAGAAGAAAUAGCUCAUACAACUAAAUAUGAGCCAUUAAUUAAGCGAUUAAUUGUGAAAACCAGCGAUUCACUUCAAAAUUGGAUUAAUGCAAAUAGUGACCGCUCAACAUACACGAGUAAAGCUACAGCUAGUGAGCUAUUAUGUUGUGCUUCAGAAAUAUUAGAUGCUAAGUUAGACAAAGAAAUAUACGGGAAAAAAUUUUCUUUAUUAGCCGAUGAAAGUACAAACAUAAAUAAUAAAUCUGAAUUAUCUAUAUGUGUUCGCUUCGUUAAAAAUAAUCAACCAGUUGAGAGAUUUCUUAAUAUUGUUGCUUUAUCUGAUACUAAAGCUCAAACAAUCAUAGAUGCAAUAAGCAAUGAGUUAACUAAGCAUAAUUUGUCCUAUGAUAAUAUUAUAGCUUGUGGUUUUGAUGGGGCAUCAAACAUGUCCGGAAAUAAAGGUGGAGUUCGUAGAUUUGUAUCCGAUAAAGUUGGAAGAGAAGUGCCAUAUAUUCACUGUCGAGCUCACGUAUUAUCACUUGCAUUAACUAGUAUGCGCAACAAAUUUCCCAAAAUUAAACGUGUGUUCCAUGUAUUGAAAGAUAUUUAUAAACUGUUUCAUCAAUCUCCUAAACGAGAAGAACUGCUUCAUAAAAUACAAGCGAUUUUAAAUGAUCCAAUAUUAAAAAUACCUGAGGCUAUUGAAAUUCGGUGGUUAAGUCAUUAUAAAAUAGUUCAUGCAAUUAAACAGUCAUAUAUUGCUAUAACUACUACUUGUGAACACAUUCAUCAAGAUGGCGCAGAUUUAGCAUCUUUGGCCGGUGGAAUUUUACUAAGUCUCCGCGAAGAAAGUUUUAUAGUACUUUUGUGUGGACUGGAUGAAAUAUUAGGCGCAAUCUCUAAUUUAAGUUUAACACUGCAAGGUCCUACAAUUUGUAUUUCAGCUUUGCCAACAUUAAUUAAAAGUACUACAUGUCACUUAAAUAAAAUUUUAGAAGGUUUAAAACAAGAUUCAGUGAAUAAAAGUACCAUCAUUAAAAAUGCUACUGAUAUUUCAAGUAAACUUAAUUCACUAAAAAAAGACGAUUAUUUCAAAGAAACAAUAUCUUGCCUUUCACAGUUUUUGGAACAAACAAUCAAAGAAAUGAACCGUCGAUUUAAUGACACAGCUUUAACACUUAUCGAAGGGUGUGCAAUAUUCGAAGAUUACAAAUCAUUUUCAAAUUCAUCAGAAAAAAUUAUUGAACAGUUAUGUGAUUGUUUUUCUUUAAAUGAAAAUGAAAAAGAUGGAGUAUUAUCAGAUUAUAAGUCUUUUAUGUUUGUUGCUUCACAGAAAGUUAAAACAAACGGAUAUCCAAUAACUGACCUUCUUGAAGCAAAUAUUGGUUAUGAACAUCUGAAAAAAUUAUCAGAAUCCAUUUUAUGUAUUCCAAUAGGAACGCCUACCGUAGAAAGAUCAUUCAGUGCGAUGAAUAGAAUUAUGACAAAUCUUCGCAACCGAAUGGGACAAGAUACUCUUCAAUACUGUAUGAAAAUAAGUAUAGAAGGUGAUGAAGAUCCGUCAAUUGAAUAUGUCGACGAGAAUAUAGACCAAUGGAUUGAUACCGAAGAGAUGAAACAUAGAUCUUAUGAAAUAUUAGUAAAUCAAGCUUGGGAAGUGUUUAAAUCUAAAGAUACUGGUAUUAAGGAAAAAGCUGCGUCUUGGUUGGUUACAACAGCUAUGAAGGCUAAACGCAAAUUGGGCGCUGGUUGCGGCUUAAACAAGUGGUUUCGGUGGCUAAAAAUUUAA